CAACACCCUUUAUAAAGGUUGAUAGUGGUGAGCAGGGGCUUUCAUUGGCACAGGAAGCAAUCUCGGUCACCUUCAGUGGAAAAGAAGGUAUAAAACCCAAAGUCUUUUUCUUGGUUGACUGUCUGGGCACUGGUUGAAUUUCUUAGUUUUCACGAAGGACCCAUUUUUGGGAACUUUUCUGAGAAAAUGGCAACUUUAAAUGAGAAGAAGACCUGCAGUGAACGUAUGGCAGAUUUCCGUCGUUUUGUCUGGAAUCCAGAAACAAAGCUCUUCAUGGGAAGGUCCUUAAUUAACUGGGUGUGGAUCAGCCUCUACUACCUGGCUUUCUACGUGGUGAUGUCGGGGCUUUUCGCACUCUCCAUUUAUUGUUUAAUGAGGACCAUUAAUCCAUACGAGCCGGAUUACCAAGACCAGCUGAAAUCCCCAGGUGUAACCUUACGACCCGAUGUCUAUGGGGAUAGAGGACUACAAAUUUAUUACAACGUAUCGGACAACAAAACCUGGGAAGGUUUAGUGACAACUCUUCACACUUUUCUGACAGCAUAUACACCAGCUGCUCAGCAUCUGAACAUCAACUGCACCAAUAAUACCUACUUCAUUCAGGACACCUUUGAUGGCCCAAAUAAAACAAAACUGUCCUGCAAAUUCACCUCAGACAUGCUUCAAAACUGCUCUGGCAUCACAGAUCCAACUUUUGGAUAUCCGGAAGGAAAACCCUGUUUUAUUAUAAAAAUGAACAGGAUUAUCAAGUUUUACCCUGGCAAUGGCACCGCACCAAGGGUGAACUGCACAUAUGUGGGUGAGGAGUCUCGCCCGCUGGACGCGGACUACUACCCUGUGAAUGGCACCUUCAACCUGCACUACUUCCCCUACUACGGGAAAAAGGCUCAGCCCAGCUACAGCAAUCCCUUGGUAGCUGUGAAAUUUCUCAACAUUACAAGGAAUGUAGAACAUAGAAUAGUGUGCAAAAUCAUUGGAGCUGGAAUUACCUUCAAUGUUCAUGAUCCAUAUGAAGGCAAAGUGGAAUUUAAAUUGAAAAUAGAAGACUGAGCAGCAACAGAGACACUUCUGAAAAAUGUGUGA